AUGAUCGGAGUCCAAGCAGCGAUGGGCCACGGCUCGCAGAUCGACCAGGCUGUGUAUCACGGGUGGCCUCAAGCCGUGCAGCGCAUGCAGAGGCUGGCCGAAAUCGAGUUGGCCGAAAUCGCCGGCGAUGUCGACUACAUUGCGCCUUAUCUUCCUGAACAACAUGUGAGCCCUUCGGGUGUGCCAGUGUCUACAGAGGUGCGAGGCAGCUGACAUCUCGCUUUUUGAAUCCUAACAGCGCCUGUUCCACACGAGCAACAUCAGCUUCCUCCCUCUGACGACCAAAGCCGCUGACGGAAGGGUAUGGACCAGUCUACUCGCCGGACAAGACGGAGUGCCAGGUUUCAUCAGCUCCGAUGAUCCACGUUGGAUCGAGAUCAAGGCGCAGACGUGGCCAGGCGAACCGAUCGCUCGUACGCUCGGCUCGGAGCUGGAAACUUCUUCCGCCGUCAAAUCGGUCGAAACCUUGGUUGCUGGUGUUGGCAUCGAGCUUUGGUAACGAAGGCGCAACAAGCUUGCUGGGAUGGCCAAGAACGUGAGGUGGAAUGACAAGGAGGUGAUCAUUGAUAUUCGAGUGAUGGAAGCCAUGGGGUAAGUUUUAAGAUCGGGCCCGCGCGGAUUGCAGACGUUGAAGCCGCAAUAGUCCCACUGACGAGUUGAAUGGUCUCUUCAAUAAUCAGGAACUGCCCCAAGUACGUCACAGCUCGCAAUCUGGAAUCCUACGCGCACGCCAAACUGUCGGUCCAACUCGAGAACCUUGACAUGUCACCGACGGACGUGCUUCCUCAAGCGGUUAUCGACUUUAUCAAGUCCCGCGACCAAGCGUUCCUCGGCACCAACUACAUUCCCACGGGCGCAACUGAUCGAACGCUUCCUCACAUGGGAUGCAAUAUCCGAGGUGGUCGACCAGGCUUCAUCCGUGUUCGAGCCGAUCAGCGAACGAUCGUCCUGCCAGAUUUCUCCGGCAACCGACACCUGACUUCGUUAGGCAACCUCUCGACGGAUAAACAUGCCGGAAUCGUCUUGUCGUGCUUCGAGACUGGGGACGUGCUGUACUUGACCACCGAAGGCCGCACGGUCGUGGGCGACGAAGCCAAGGCGGUCAUGCCCCGCGCGCGACCGAUCGUGUCCUUGUUCAAGGUCACGGGUUACACGCUCGUGCGCGAUGCCCUGCCGUUCCGCCAGUCCAGCAGGAGUGUCAUGGAACCGAGUCCGUACAACCCGCCGAUCCGCUACCUCGUGGAAGAACAAGAGUUCUCCGCUGCGAGCGACCUCACGGCCAAGCUUACGGCGAUUCAGUUCUACAACAGCAAGAAUGACGAUGGGGUUGAAGUCGACAAUCGGGAUGCCGAUCUGGCAACAUUCACCUUUGAGACUUCGAGUACGCUUAGAGUACAAGCUGGUCAAUAUGCCGUGUUAGACACCACCCCUUUAAUUGGCACGAUCGCGUAUAGGCAUAUGAGCAGAGGAGAUGAGGGGGCCCCGAACGAAGAUGGAGUCAGGACUUGGUGAGUUCGCAGAGCAGAUCGUCCGCAAUCGCGAUCAGAACACUUAUCGUGUGAUAUCUUUCCUUGCUGUCAUAGGACAAUCUCUCACCCGCCCACGCCGGACAAUCCGCGGCGCUUCUUACUGACGAUGCGACGAGUGGCGAUGGGCCGAGUGUCGUCGCGCUUCUUCUCAUUUGGCGCCUACUGGGACAGUAAGCUGCGCGAUAACAAGGGUACGAUUGUUCCCGGUCUCAAGCUCCCUCUUUUGGGUGUGGGAGGAACGUUCGUGUUGCCUUCGAAGCCGACGCCGUUGCUUCUACUCGCGGGUGGCGUAGGCGUGACCCCUUUCCUGGCUUUCCUCGGCGAGUUGAGCAGGCGCAAAGAUCCAGAGUCGUCCGCUCCGGUGUGGGAUGUCGAUUUGGUCGUCUCGACUCGUGAACCCAAGAUCAUGCUGGAUAUGAUCAGAGAAGCCAUGCCCGUUAGCGCAUCAACCACCUCGCUUCGACUGCGCGUGCUUCUCUGCACCUCGGACUCUGGUGAAACGAUCGACGCGGCCUCUGCACACCUCCCCUUGACCGUCAAGCUCGAACAGCACCCAGGCCGACUCGACGGCCAGGUUCUUCAACGCAUAAAAAAACUGGCCGAUCGUAAGGUGUACCUGUGUGGUCCUCCUUCGUUCGAAUCGGCGGCUUUGCUCGCACUGGAUCGGAACGGGGUCAAGGAGGUCGAUGUGACGCGCUCGUCGUUUGCUUUCUAG